AUGACAGGCGUUGCGCCCAAAAAAAUAGCUGAGCUCAAUGCAGAGCUAAAAAACGCCUUAAUUACUGCCAUUAUACUCACAAAGGCAACGCCAAAGACUUUUCUCGUACGCGAUUCACCUGAAUUUCGUGGCGUUAUGAGCUUUACGCUGCGUGACUCCAAACGACACAUCAUCAAUUGUAAAGUUUGGGGCACCAAGGAGCUGGUCGUUGAAUAUAAUCGUAAAUUCAAGAUUUAUGACAUCAUCGAUGUCAUCUCGCCGAGCGUCGUGCCCACGCUGGUGCACGACAAAUCCACUUUGGCGGAUAAUGCGCGCUUUCAACCGCUGCCAACCGUGCCGUUCUCUCUGGUGCUAAAUGAAGGUCAAGGUCGGUUGGACACUAACAACUACCGCGUUAUAGAUGCCUUUCAUGAGUUACACAAUUUGCGUCGCGUGCCACAUAAGGCGCUCUGCAGUGCGCUGAAAUUACAGGAUGUGCGCAGCGUUGUGAAGGAAAGCAGCGCCAAAGAGCAAUACGUCGAUUUACUGGUUUUGGUGGCGGCACAGCGCCCGGUCAAAGAGGUGCGCAGUAAACGCAGUGGUGAAAUGCUAAGUUGUCUUGAGUUGAUUGUGAUCGACAGCAGCUACAGUGACGGUGUUAUGCUGAGCAUUUGGCAGGCCGAUUGGAUACUGCGCGCGCAACAAUAUUGGGAAGGUAUGCACACGGUGUUGCAUUUGAUAGAAGUGAAGCUUGCGUUCUCGGAUUUUUACAAAAGCACCACGCUAACAUUCAGUGGACGGACUUUGGUCUAUGAGAACCCCAUUGGCGCGGAGGUGGAUGCCGUAAUGCAGUUUGCCGCUACUAUAACAACGAAGCCUUGGGAUUCGUUGGCAUACACAAUGAAUAGUCAAGUAGAUGCUGCUGAAAUAAAAACUCGGAUGACAGUUAAACAGCUGUACGCGCGCGCUGAAGGCGAACUCAAAGAUGACAAAGAGCAAUUCACCGCCGUUGUCUAUGCCAUGCUGACGCAUUUCGACUUUGAUGGCAUCGGUCAAAUCAUCGCUCGCAGAUGCAAGUCCUGUCACAGUUUGCUUACGAGAAAUCAGAACGAGUGUGAUGCGCCUAAAUGCCAGCUGGAAUUUUCACUCAACCACGAUGGCGCGCAGUACGAAAGCUUUUUCAAUAUUAAUGUGAAAUUUAGUGAUCAUACUGGUACAUUGGUAGAAGCGCGUCUCUCAGGCGCUAUAGCCGAACGCGUGCUCGCGCUAACCCCAAACGAGUAUCAAACGCUAAGCGAGCAUGAGAAAGCGCAAUGCAAAUGGAAAUUUCUGAUGGAUUAUUUUGAGGUGAAGCUCUUGGUGCGUAAAGUGAGCGCUGUACGCCGACAAAUGAGCGUUAUUGUGGUGGAUAUGAGAAUUAUACAGAUACCAGAGUUAGCAGAAAAAAUUUGCGUGUAUUAA